GAACGCGCUUCGUCCACCUCACCCCAGACUGAACAAUAUCAUGCCGUCCGAACACCCCCAAACAGCCUAUAAGCUCCUUACAACCGAGCAAUGGCAUUCCUUCCGUGAUCUAGGCGCCCUGACCACGGCUACUACACCGCUUGAUAAAGGAGAUGGAUAUAUUCACAUGUCUACCCGACAGCAAGCUGUCGACACGUUCGAAAAAUACUUCAAGAACGCAACAGGCACUGUACUUGUGGAAGUGGACCUUGCAAAGGUUGACGAUAUCAGAUGGGAAGAGAGCAGAGGAGGACAAUUGUUUCCACAUUGCUACGACAAGGUCUCUCUGGAUGCAGUCAAGAGCGUGAAAGAAAAUGUCUCUGCGAAGGAGAUGGAGGCUAUGGUAGCGUGAGACGCUCUCAAGGACUCACUGCUUGAUGGCACAAUUUAAUUGGCCUGAAAGACAUCGUUGUCAUGGAGUAGCGCUAUACGACAGUCAUGUCUGACUCCGUUUGAGCGGGCAAGCUAGAAGAAUGCUAGUAUGACAGUGUAGGAUGCUUGAACACAGUAAAAAAAUGAUAUCACGCAUGAACUCACGUACGACGAGGGCAAGAAUAAUCUACACACAUGAAAGCUGAUAAUGAAGAGCGACCCAGGUCGAGGUCGCUUGCCAAUUCUUUUGAGACAUUU